AGAAUGGCUCCCGGUCCUGAGGGGUUUACGUAAUGGGUAGAAAGUAGAAAUACACACUGGCGAAAAAGCUGGUGCUUGCUAAUGCCCUUGUAACUCAAGAAAGGGCUUGAGAACAGUGGAAAGGAGGCAGCUAAGUUAGAGGAAGUUUCAUGGAAAAACUGAGGCCUGAGCACAUGUGGCAGAAGGAACAUGAGGACAUAGUUCAAACAAACAGGAGGGUCUCAGCAGAGCUGUGGAGGAGGUACAGACAAGCCCGGGUGGUUGAAGACAGUAAAUGGAAAAUCUACUGAGAGGAAGGAGCUGGAAGGCGUUUCCAGCCUAAGUUAAUUUUCAAGAAAAUAAGCAGUGCAUAUUUUGCUGGCAUUACCCAUCCUCACUGCUCAGAGGUGUAUGAUAGCACUUUGAGAAUGGGCUGGUGCCAUUGUGUGACUUAAACUUCUCCCACUGAAGAGGAGUUUCCCCAGAGCUACAGUGAGGGUGGAAGACAGAGGAACUGCAAGAGGAAGUCCUGUGUUCUUGGCACUGUGACCUGUCCUCUAUUUGUUUUCGCUUUUACAGCAGUGAAAAUAGCCCCGUGGGUGAGGCGGUCUAUCAGGUAAAAUGUCGGUUCCAGGACCUUACCAGGCGGCCACCGGGCCUUCCUCAGCGCCAUCUGCGCCUCCAUCCUAUGAAGAGACAGUGGCUGUUAACAGUUAUUACCCCACGCCUCCAGCUCCCGUGCCUGGGCCAACUACGGGGCUUGUGACAGGGCCUGAUGGGAAGGGCAUGAAUCCUCCUUUGUAUUAUACCCAGCCAGCGCCCAUCCCCAAUAACAAUCCAAUUACCGUGCAGACGGUCUAUGUGCAGCACCCCAUCACCUUUUUGGACCGCCCUGUCCAAAUGUGUUGUCCUUCCUGCAACAAGAUGAUCGUGAGUCAGCUGUCCUAUAAUGCCGGUGCUCUGACCUGGCUGUCCUGCGGGAGCCUGUGCCUGCUGGGGUGCAUAGCGGGCUGCUGCUUCAUCCCCUUCUGCGUGGACGCCCUGCAGGACGUGGACCAUUACUGUCCCAACUGCAGAGCUCUCCUGGGCACCUACAAGCGUUUGUAGGACUCAGCCAGACGUGGAGGGAGCCGGGUGCCUGCCGCAGGAAGUCCUUUCCACCUCUCAUCCAGCUUCACGCCUGGUGGAGUUUCUGCCCUGGUGGUCUCACCUCUCCAGGGGUCCCACCUUCAUGUCUUCUUUCGGGGGGAAAACGUCGCAAAACUAACAAACCUCCAAACCCCAGCAAUUGCUGCUUGGAGUCGUGCAUAGGAAUUGCAAAGACAUUCCCCUUGAGUGUCAGUUCCACGGUUUCCUGCCUCCCUGUGACCCUGAGUCCUGCCAUCUAACUGUGAUCAUUGCCCUAUCCGAAUAUCUUCCUGUGAUCUGCCAUCAGUGGCUCUUUUUUUCCUGCCUCCCUGGGCCUUUCUGGUGGCAGUCUCAAACUGAGAAGCCACAGUUGCCUUAUUGCUGAGGCUGUUCUGUCCAGAGCUCAGCUGAACCAGCCUUUAGUGCCUACCAUUAUCUUAUCCGUCUCUUCCUGUCCCUGAUGACAAAGAUUUUGCCUUACAGAGUUUACAGGGUUAACUUUUAGAUUCUGUAACUGCAGACUUCAUUAGCACACAGAUUCACUGUAAUUUCUUAAUUUUUUUUUUAAGUACGAGAAGGGGCUAUUAACACCGAGUACAGACAUAUCCAUGAGGUCAUAAAUGCACGCUAGAAAAAUAGGGCUGGAUGUUAUCACUGCCCUGUCUCCCCUUGUUUCUCUGUGCCAGAUCUUCAGCGCCCAUUUCUAUACAGGGAUUUUUUUCUCAUAGAGUAAUUAUGUGAACAGUUUUUAUGACCUCCUUUUGGUGUGAAAUACUUUUGAACAGAAUUUCUUUCUUUUUUUUUUUUUUUUAAAAACAGAUGGGAUCUUACUAUCUUUCCCAGGCUGGUCUCGAACUCCUGGGCUCCAGCGAUCCUUCUGCCUUGGCCUCCCGAAGUGCUGGGAUUGCAGGCAUGAGCUACCGUGCCGGGCCUGAACAUAAUUUCGAGAGGAGGAUUUAUAAAACCGUUUUCUGUAAUCAUAUGAUUGGUGUCAUUUUCCCAUUUGCCAACGUAGUCUCACUUAAAAAAAACAAAACAAAGAAAUGUAUAAUUUCAUCUACUGCCUUUACUUGGGGUUAAUGUGGUUCUUAAUCACCUUCAUCAUGGAACUCUCAAAGUGGGGUCCGUUUUGGGUUCCUGGUGGUGGGUUUUGAAAGAUAAGGGAGAGCACAUUUUGAACAUGUCUGGGUACCAUGGUGCGGAUGCUUGGGAUCCAGAACUGUUUCAGAGGAAUCUAAAGUCUGAUUUUAGUUUUCAGAGACACAGCUUGUUGUAAAACAUGAGAAGACAUGAUUUCUAGGACUCAAGCAGCAAGCCAGGAUUCUAGGUUGGCUGCUGUGUCAUCUUUGAAGCCAAGACAAAGCUGGGCUCGACCUUCAAGAGUCCUCGUUUUGAUAAUAAUUCAGCAUAGGGAACUCACGUGAAUACUACUAUGUAGAAAUAAAACCUAGACCUUGAGCGACCAUCUGUAUAUUGGUUGAAAAUGAUAGUGGUAACCAUUGAUCCCCCUUCAUUUGAUGUUUGGAAAAGUCCAGUAAUUAUCAUUUUUGCAACAAAUAUGGAUACCACAUAGUACUUUGGUGUUACCUGCUUUUGAAAAAUAAAGUCUUUGGUUCACCCGGUGAA